AUGCCAGGCUUGCAAAAAGUUCUUGCGGGAGUCGUCCGCUUUCGAGAUACUGUCAGGAAAGAUCUUGUCAAACAGUUCGAAAUGAUUCGAGACAAUCCGAAUCCAACAGCUGCAUUCUUCACUUGCAUGGAUUCUCGCAUGCUUCCGGCCAGGUCUGGAUACUGGCUGGAUAAAGCAGAGCUGGUUAUCAGGGACAACGGUUCACGCCCCCCAAAAAGCAAUGUUGGAGACAUGUUCGUUGUGCGGAAUUCGGGUAACAUGAUUCCACAUGCGGCACACUAUGGACCUACCGGCUAUGAGGUGUCAGUGACGACAGAGCCAGCAGCUCUCGAACUUGCUGUUAAGCGUGGUCACAUCAAUCAUGUGAUUGUCUGCGGGCAUUCUGAUUGUAAAGCAAUCAAUGCGCUCUACAAUCUACACAAGUGCCCAAAGUCAUUUGAUCCCCAAUCACCAAUGGACCAUUGGUUGCGUCGGCAUGGUUAUGCUUCCUUACAGAAAUUAGAAGAACGCUUAUCGGACACUGAAUCGCCUUUAGAGUUCGUUGCGGAUGUACCAGGAUUUGGACUAGUAUUCGACAGUAAUGGAGUACGUUUUAUGAUUAGUAACUUGCUCAUUUAUUACAGUUUUGAGGCGAUAAUUGAUCCUGAGAACAAAUGGGGUGUUGAAGACAAGUUGUCGCAGAUCAACACUCUUCAACAAUUGGAGAAUAUCGCCAGUCACGGGUUCAUCACU